CAGUUUCUUCGCUCGCUGCAACGAUCUCUUCUACACGAUUGUAUCCAUCCAAGUCAUCACAGCAGCUGGUUGCUUUAUUCUGACCAUGUUUGUGCUCCUUACCAGCGUUUGGCCUGGUGGCUGGGCUUAUGCAGUUGGUGUAGCUUCCAAUUUGUAUAUUUAUUGCAUACUCGGUACUUUGGUUGAAAAUUGUAACGAUGAUCUCAUCUAUGAGGUCUACAACAUAUCUUUCUACAAUCUGAAUGCUCGCCAGCAGCGUCAAGUUUUAUUCAUGUUAUGCAAAGCUCAAAGCACUGACAUGAUUCAGGUACUGGGUGUUAUGCCAUUGGCCGUGAGCACAGGUCUUAAGGUCACAAAGAGCAUUUAUAGCGUUGCAAUGAUGAUGAUAAACUUUGUUAUGAAAGAAUAA